AUGGAAGAAUUCCUUUUAAAGAGAGAGCCUCUUGAUAUUGUCAGAAUCUCUACAGCGUUAUUCGUACGAGUAGAGCAGGGCGAAUGGACGGGCGUUCUCGAAAAGGAGGUGGAGAAUUUUAAGAAUGUUUUGAAAAGAGUCUUAGAACGAGUCCUCUCAGAAGAUGUCGAGCGAAGAAAGAAACUUCAAAGUUUUGGUACCGGGAAAAAAUUAGUUAAACGGGUUGCAAGUGCCUUCAAAGAUUUAUGUUCUCUAACAGAAAUGAAAGCUCUGGUAAUUGAUGCUGAGACGUGGCCUAACGAUGCGAAUGCAAAUUUACGGUGUUUGAAACGUGACGUUGGGCAACUUAUGAAUGAGAGCACCGGUUAUGAGAAAAUUAUGUGGGAGAGGAUAGAAAUGGAACUUAAUAAUAUAAAUGUAGAAAAUCUUGGAUUUGAUCAUCCAAUAUGUUCGGGGGUCCUCGAUAUCAAAUCAGAACCUUUCAUAAACAUUCCUGAGUCAUUUUGCGAUAUUUUUAAGGAACCGUUUCAAAAAUAUAAGUUAGAACAGAAUCAAGAUAUAUUAGACACUUGUAAAGAAUUUAUCCAGAACGAAGAAUCAAAGAUUAAUGAAGAUGAGGAUUUGCGUGAUGUUGGAUUUGGAAAAUGGUUUAAAGUUUGGAAAUCACCUAAGUAUGAAGCCUAUUCAAAGAAAGGGAAAUCGGUUAAUGAAGGGUCAUACGUCUGUGAAGUACUCGCGCCAUUAAUAAAUAUAGUAAUGAGUGAUUUGCCUGGAAAUCCUGUUGUAUGGGAUAUAUGGGGUGAAGAGGGAAGUUCGGCUAGUACUAUACGAAAAGGAUCUCGCAAGUUUGCACGAAAGCCUGAUUAUAUGACCAUAGCGCAAUUAGGAAAAGAUGCAGAACUCGAAAUAGUAUAUCUUGAAACUGGUAGGCCAAAUUCCAGCCAAGAUAAACGCCGGCGAGAUCAUAAAAAAUUAAUUCGAUUAUCCAAGGAUUCUAUUGAUACUACUAGGAUUUUAUCGAAGAUCAAAAGAAUGUUCAAUCAAUUUUCCAAGAGGCAGAAUUUGACUAUAUUUGCUAUUAACAUCGCAGGCGAUGUUAUAGAACUUUAUGCUAUGCGAAAAGAAUCGGGUAUUUAUAAAUACUGUUUAAUAGAGGAAGCAACAAUUCCAUUACAUAUGACUUCCCCAAGUGCCGUAUACCCGCUUAUACAUGCGUUGAUGACUCUGAGAACGGCCGUCGCAUGUACAAUUCACAAAAUAUUAUAUAGUUCUGACUCUGGGGAUAGUGAGCAUAGUUCUAGUGAAAUGGUAGUAACAGUUACGACACCAAAAAAUUCAUAG